AUGCCUGUUAAAAACUUUCAAAAACUUCAAGAAAAACUCCUUCUAAACUACAGAAAAGAGAGGGAGAAGAAGAGGGAUGACAGUGACUUCUCUGUAUUACAGACCAAGAAAAAACUUCAGGCUCGAAUCUGUUGGCUACUGGUACAGUUGUGUGAAAGAUUUACUUUUUUUGCUAUUGUCUGUAAUAUGAUUAUUUUUUGCACUGUAAAGCUAGGCUACCACAAUUACCAGGCAGUGAUUGUGAACCUCAGUUUCAUUGGGACUUCCAUGCUCACACCUGUGUUUGUGGGAUGGCUGGCUGACACCUGCCUGGAGAGGACCAAACUGGUGUACAUUUGUUCAUUUCUACAUUUUGUAGGAGCCAUGAAUAGUCAAGGUGUUGCAGUGUCAAGUUCCAGAUCACAGCCUGCAGUCCUGGAUUGUUCCCAGUACAAUUGGCUGAUGAAUCUAAAUGCAGUUAUUGCUUUUCUGGGAAUAUGUUAUAUCCAGCAAUCGGUGGCCAGAAAUUUUGUUUUCCUUAUUCCAUUUAUGUCUAUGCUUAUGGCUCUGAUUACUAUUCACAUGGUACACAGUGAACUGAUUUGCCAACAAGAAAAAGGUGGCUCCCUAUUGACAAUUUUUGGUGUGUUUUUUAAUUCACUGAAAAUGCACUGUCUGAAAUAUAACCAUCUUGGCCCCAAAGUGACUAGCUGGUUAGAUUGGGCGAAGGAAAACAAUGGUGGCUGGUACAGCGAACUUCAGGUGGAAAACACAAAAUCAUUCUUCAGGAUUUUUCCUCUCUUUGCUUUUCAGCUUUUAUAUCGAAUAUGCAUUAUGCAGAUUCCUUCAGGAUAUUAUCUGCAGACUAUGAAUUCCAACUUGAAUUUCAAUGGGUUUCUUCUGCCAAUUGCAGCAAUGAAUGUGAUAAGCAUCAUUCCCCUAUUAAUUCUUGCUCCUUUUCUUGAGUGUAUCAGCACUUGCUUAUUUCCUCUAAAGAGGGGAGGACCACCACUGUCGAUGUGCAUUAUUGCUGGUAACCUUUCUGCUGCCUUGUCUGUGAUGGGAGCUGGCUUCUUUGAGAUACAUAGAAAAAACUUCCCUUUUGUGGAGCAAAUUCUUUCCGGCAAAAUGCUUCCAGUUUCUUCCAUGCCUUGUCUCCAACUGGCCCCUCAGUACAUUUUACUUGGUGUGGCUGAAGCUCUAGUAAAUCCAGCCUAUUGCACAAUAUUAUAUAAGCUCAUUCCAAGAAGAGUCCGUGGAAUCUCCAUGAAUUUUUUGGCCCUCUUUAAUGGAUUUGGUUGCUUCGUGGGGGCACUGAUGGUGAAGGUAGCAUAUACAACUUCAGAAGGAAAUUGGUUUCCAAAUGCAUUAAACAAAGGCAAUUUAGAAAACUCCUUCUUCUUUUUGGCAUCCCUAAUGUUGUUGAACAUCCUAGGAUUCUGGCGCAUUUCACACAGAUAUAAUUUAGAUCAAUUUUAUAACCAGAGAAUCAGAAGACGUCAUCUUGAAGAAACAUUCCUCCAACAUGAUCAGUAUGUAAAAUAUUAUGACAGUGUCAUGGAGUUUUCUUCCACUAUUGAUCCUUGGGAGACAACUUUGUGA